UAUAUGUUUUAUUACGCGUCAAUGAAAAAUGGAAAAUAAAUGCUUACGAUGAAUCGUGAUAUAUCUAUGUGCAAAUGUAUCCUGUUGACGGUGUUAUUUUGACUUCUUACCUUCGAUCUUGGUCGAAAAUUGGCGACCACAUUGUUUACAUAGCGAUAGAGGCAUUUGUUCGAUGAUCGGUGAUCGUUGCGAUCACCGAUCAGUAAAAACUUGUAUAUCAAAUAUAUCAUUUUGUUGGACGCGGAGAAGAGAAAAAAGGAAGGAAGGAAGAAGGAGGAGGAAAGAGAAGGAAGGAAAAGGCGAGGAAGGAUCGCGCGUGCGCGAAAGGAUGGCUGAUUUGAUCUGUUUUUUGUUAGCAAUGUUCGGGCAAUUGCUCGUUCGCGAGAGCAAAGGUAGCCUCCUUGGCGUAGAACUCGACGAAACUGGGCAAAAAUUUCUCAAUGAAUAUUUGUCUUUCGAUGAUGGAAAGUAUCUUGCAAAGUUGCAAGAGUUUGAGGAUACAGCGAUCGAACUUGAUUUGAUCGAUCAGAAGAGGAAACAUCGGCCGAUACAUCAACCGCCUAGAGUCCUUUAUCAAAUCGGGGAUAGUGAAGAUGAAUUGCCCGAAUGUUCGGACCGAAGUGAAGUUUGCAGCAAGGUGGAUUUAUACGGAUCACCUUGGGUCGAGAGGCAAUGCCGUUGUCCGGAUGGUCGUACUUGUCCCAGUAGUUUACACGGAGACGACGGACAUACGAUAGUUGAUAAAACACGGCAGUACAAGCUUUGCGAGCCGGUGAAACGUCUACCCAUCUGUCGUUACUUCAAAGACGUCACAUGGACCUUAGCUCCUGGAGGGGGACCAGCUAAUGCAACGGUUCAGCGAGUUUAUUGCCGAUGCCGACCGGGCAGCGUACCUUAUCUAGUUCGAAGACAAGCCUAUAGGUCUUCCGAGGGAAACCCAGGAUUUAUUUAUGCAUUUGCGUGCUCUCCUCAAAGCAGAUUACGUUGUCAGCACAAAGAACCCUGUCGAUUGUUCACUGUACGAAAGAGACGGAGCUCGCAACUUGAAGAGGUAAAUGCAUCGCCUCUUUGUCAAUGCCCAAAAGGUCAUCGAUGUCCAAGAAGACAUACCGACCCUGGUUCACUUCCAGCAAGAUCCUAUUCCGGUGUACUAGAGAUUAAAACGUAUAGUGGGUAUUGCGUACCUUCGCAAUCGCACCAUUCUGAAGCGAUUUAUAACGUUUGAAUUUAAAAAAUUUAAAACGUAUAGCAUUAUUAUAUGUACAUGAUUGUAUAACGAAAUAAGAAAAAACAUCCAUUUGUGAUAUUUGUGAUCGGCAUGUGCAUUGUUGAUUUAUGAAACUGUCAAAGCAUUCUUUUUCAAAGAAAGAAGAACAAGAACAAGAAGAAAAUACACGGAAAGUGAUUAACUUCAAUUGAUCCCAACUUUUGUAUCAAACUUGGAUCUUUUUGAAUAAUUUCCGUUUAUUUUGAAUCUAUGAGUUUACCGUCCAGAGAAAGAGAGAUAGAGAGAGCGAGAGAGAGAGAGAGAGAGAGCGAGAAAGAGCGCGCGAGAGAGAGAGAAAGAAUAGAACCAUCAACAAAUACGUUGAAACACUGCAUUAUUCUCUUGAUUUAUAUACAUUUAUACAUCGAAAUGCAUAUGAUAUUAUUUUGACGAGGAAAUUUAAAUUUUUCUCGUUUCUAAUCGAAAAUAAAAAAUAUUUGAACGUUAAAUAUUCCAUUCGGUUUUGAUGGGAAAUAUUUGUUAUAUAUAUUUGUAUUGUAUUAUAUAGGAUGUCAUAUAAUGAUCACAUAUUUAAAACUAAAAAACAUUACUUAUAACAUCCCUAUUUACCGAUUGUUUUGGGAACGAUGUUAUCUGUGAAUUGUAUUCGGUAUAUUAUAUUGCUAAGAACUAUGUAAUAUCGUGUUUGUAAAUAUUUAAUUUUAAAAAAGUGAAAUAAAUAAAUUUCACUAUUAACUGCGC